AUGGGUACUUGGAAAUUGGGGUUUUUGGGGCUUUUUUGUGCUGCUUUUCUCUUUUCAAUUGAUGCUGUUGAGCUUCGUAGGAAUCAGCCUACUGAAAGAAUUUCAGGUAGUGCUGGUGAUGUAUUGGAAGAUGAUCCGGUCGGAAGGUUGAAGGUUUUUGUUUACGAACUUCCAAGUAAAUAUAAUAAGAAAAUUCUUCAAAAGGACCCAAGAUGCCUCGCCCAUAUGUUUGCUGCUGAGAUCUAUAUGCACCGGUUUAUCUUAUCUAGCGCUGUCCGAACCCUUAAUCCUGAAGAAGCUGAUUGGUUUUAUACCCCUGUAUACACCACCUGUGACUUGACACCAAAUGGCCUCCCUUUACCCUUUAAGUCACCACGAAUGAUGAGAAGUGCAAUACAACUUAUUUCUUCAAACUGGCCUUAUUGGAACCGAACAGAGGGAGCUGAUCAUUUCUUUGUGGUUCCCCAUGAUUUUGCAGCUUGUUUUCAUUACCAAGAAGAGAAGGCAAUUGAAAGAGGGAUUCUUCCACUGCUGCAACGUGCCACCUUGGUACAAACAUUUGGACAGAGGAAUCAUGUGUGCUUGAAAGACGGCUCAAUCACCAUUCCUCCUUAUGCUCCACCACAGAAAAUGCAUACCCACUUGAUUCCUGAUAAGACUCCCAGGUCAAUUUUUGUGUACUUCCGAGGACUGUUUUAUGAUGUUGGAAAUGACCCCGAAGGUGGUUACUAUGCAAGAGGAGCGAGAGCAGCAGUCUGGGAGAACUUUAAGGACAAUCCAUUAUUUGACAUUUCGACUGAGCAUCCAACAACAUACUACGAGGACAUGCAAAGAGCUGUGUUUUGUCUAUGCCCACUUGGAUGGGCCCCGUGGAGCCCAAGAUUGGUUGAAGCUGUGGUAUUUGGUUGCAUUCCUGUUAUUAUUGCAGAUGAUAUUGUUCUUCCGUUUGCCGACGCAAUACCAUGGGAAGAGAUUGGGGUGUUUGUUGAUGAACAGGAUGUUCCUAAGUUGGAUACCAUACUCACAUCGAUCCCACCAGAAGUUAUACUAAGGAAACAGAGAUUGCUUGCUAAUCCUUCUAUGAAGCAGGCAAUGUUAUUCCCUCAACCUGCGCAAUCUGGAGACGCUUUCCAUCAAGUUUUAAAUGGACUUGCACGAAAAUUACCACAUGACAGAAGUGUAUUCUUGAAACCAGGGGAUAAGAGGUUGAAUUGGACUGCUGGCCCUGUUGGUGACCUUAAACCUUGGUAA